AUGACACAAGAGGAUGCUUCAGGACUCUUUGACAACCCAGAUAGCACUGUUUCUCCCACAGCUGCUUCAACAGGCUUCCCUACAUCAGUGCCAACUGCAGAAAAUACUGGUGGUGCAAGCAAAUCAAGCAACCAACCAACAGCAGAGCUCACACAUGAGAACACUUCUCCUGGUUCUCCUACAACUGCAGCUUCCAGUUUGACUUCCUUGACAUUUGUGCCAACACAGGAGACAACUCAAGAAGACAUCUCAGAACUGAUUGAUGCCCCAGAUAGUACCUUGACCCCUUCCACUGGCGCCACACACCUUCCCACAUCUCCGCCAACUAUAGACUCUACAACAAGCGCAAGCUCUUCAACAACAAGUUCACCAACAAUUUUUGCCUCAGAAGAAAACACACAAGAAAAUGUUUGGACGGCUCUGCCAGUCUAUGAAGACAUGGACAAUACAUCUUAUCCAACUUCUUCAGCUAGUGGAUCUCCUGCAUCACUGCCAACAAUGGCUCCUUCAAUUUUUAGCUCACUGGCAAACGUUGCUACAGAAGUUACUAAGGAAGAGAGCAUUUUGACCUCACCUCCAUUUUUUGAUGACUACAAAACAACUGAUCCCACAUCUGAAACAACAGAGGUUCCUACAUCUCCACCAACCAUGGGAUCUUCAGCUGGUUCAACCUCAUGGACAGGGUCACCAACAAUGGCCACAACAGAAGAAACCACACAAGAAGAUGCUCUACCGCUGCUUGAUGACCCAGACAGGACAACAUCUGUGCCAACAGAGGAGACUGCACAAGAGAACAUUUCAGCACUGACUGGUGGCCCAGCUGAAACAUUCUCUCCCUCUGCUGGUGCCACGGGCUCUCCAACAACUCUACAAACUAUGGAAUCUACAAGUGCAAGUUCUACAUCUGAAGAGAGUAUUUCCACCUCAACCCCAUCAUUUGAGACCAUCUAUCCGACUGCUCUUGAUAGCAGCACAGUGGUUGACAGUGUUCACAGCAGUUUGCCAGAAAGUCUAAAUACUGGAAUCCCCACUGAGGCGCCCAAUGAAACUCCUCUUGAUAGUCCCACUUCAGUUCCAGUGGUAACUCCUACAGCUCCCACUAAAAGCCCCACCGCGAGCCCUCAUGCUGAUGUCAUGCCAACGGUGUUGAUUCUUGACGAGCAAACCAAGACUCCAUCAGUGCAGACCGAUGGCGAAGAAGAGGUGCAUUUAGGUGACGAAACUGCUGCAACCAGUACGACCUCACCUUCUGCUGACCAAACUAUUGAGCUUUGGGGAUCUGGUGAAAACCUCGAUUCUGUGUCCGGCGCAAACGUCACCGCCAGUGAAAUACCAACACUAUCGCCGACUGUCUCCGUCGGAGGGGUGGACGGGCCAACAGGCAGCGCUGCGUUUACGGCGUCGCCCACAUUCAUUCAGGAUAGAGAAGAUGAACCUCCAGAGGAUGUCAUCACGCUCACAUUCCAUCCGCUACACUCAUCAACUAACAAACCAUCAGCUCAUCCGUCGCAAGCCCCCUCAGCGCGACCAUCGCUGUCUCCCAGCGACUUUCCCUCUGUUGCUCCAACCGAACCAGCACCAACAACAAGGUGCGGGACAACUCCCAAUGAACGGCGCGCAGACAUUUACACUGUCGCAGCUGCAAUUUCUGGCUACGAAGUGUUUGACGACGUGGAGGGCCCCCAUUAUCAAGCAGUCAGGUGGUUGAUGAUUUCGGAUGAUGUUCAAAUUUGCGCCAGCGAUGAGAACAUGGUCCAGCGAUAUGUACUGGCGCUGCUGUACUAUGCAACAUCAGGUGACAUUAACUGGCGGAAGUGCUCACAAAGCGCAGACACACCUUGUCCCGAAGGCCAUGUCAGGUUCCUUAGCGGAACUGAUGAAUGCGACUGGGACGGUGUCACAUGCGAAGAUGGCAAAGUCACUCACCUCAAUCUUGAUGAACGGCAACUUCAUGGACAACUCCCGCAUGAGUUGUCCGCUUUAGAUGAGCUGCAAGAAAUAGAUAUGGAUAGCAACUGGCUGGUCGGUACGAUUCCAGAGACUCUUGGCAGUCUUUCCAAACUAGAAAUCCUCGAUCUCGACAGGAAUUCCUUGUCGGGAACGAUUCCUGAAUCGAUUUACUCUGCACCAUCCCUUCGGAAUAUUGAUCUUGAUUACAACAGCUUGUCGGGGUCCAUCUCGACGGCGAUCGGAAACCUCAGCAACCUGUUCUUCCUGCAAGUCGACUUCAACCAGUUUACGGGCACCAUCCCAACCGAGGUGGGCAACCUCCCGAACGUUCACUACUUUUCCGUUUUGGGCAACGAUUUCGAUGGUGAAAUACCCACGGAGCUUUGCAAUGGGUUUGUUCAUAUUUAUGCCAAUUGCUUCAUGUGUGACGAGGCAGGUUCGUGUUGUACAGCUUGCCUGCCUGGUGAAUCAUAA